AAAGGGAGGAGUCUUUUUUUUGGUAAUUUCGCUGCUAUAUUGUGUCCUCCUGGAAAACCCUACUCUGAACGCUUCUCACUUUCUCAGCUUCAGCUGGCGCACUGUUCUACAACUUCUCUGUUAUUCAUCAUUCAAGCCUCGACAAGUGUUGCUAGCAAUGACGAAAAGGAGCCAAAAGGGGGAAAAUAACAAGAUUCAUACUUUAAAAGAAGACCAGAAAGGGCUUCUACUUCGUUCAGUUGCUCAAUAUUUAGAAUGCAGUGGGUUCUCCAAAACGCUGAAGAAGCUUCUUUCUGAAGCAAAGAUUGAGAAAGAUGAGGUUGGGUGUUCCUCACUGAAUUUGGAAGAGAUGUUCUGCAAGUAUUUGGAGACACGUCAUUCUGAGAUGAUAACAAAUACUGGGUCAUCGGAAUUAGAUGUGAAACCUGAAAAGAAAGAGAAGAAUGACAAGAAUUAUGAUUUUAUUGGGGAAGAAAAGGAUGUCAGUGAUAAAGUAAGAAAGGAGUUGGCUAAUGGCACUGCGUGUGAAUCAGUAGAUAAAAAACGCAAGGAGAAGAAGAAGCAGAAAGUCAAGUUGAGUUCAGAAUCUCCAAAUGGUAAUGUGGAAGAUCAAAAAGAAAAAUCUACACACGUAUUGUCAGAGAAAAAGAGAGAAACUGAUGAUGAUGUGGAGAAUGCGUCGAAGGCUAAGAAGAAAAAGAAAAUUAAGCUUUCUGAUCUUGAUGGCGUUGAGCAACGUGGUACUGAGAAAGUACAACUGAAUGAGGAGACUAAGCAAGUGGAUAGGUCAGAGGAUUCACCAAUUUUCAAUGUGAUUGCUGGGACUGCAAAGGAUGAUAUUAAAAUUUCAGAACAUAAUGUGACUUGCAAAGAUAACAAAGGUUCCAGGAAAAGGAAAAGAUCUGCAUCUGUUGAUGAGGAUGAGGAUUCUAUACCUACUGAAAAACCAAAACGUAGAAUGGCAGAUGAUUCAGAAGUGCGUGAUGAAGAUGGGAAAGCUACAAAGAUAGAAGGGUCCACGGGAACUGAUGUACAAGCUGGUGGGGUAAGUAACGGAGAAAAUGGCCAGCUUGGUCUCAUUUCUCAGGAAAAUAUGGACCUUAAGAGAAAUGGAGAUAAAUCUCUGCAGAAAACCGCAAAGAAGCAACGGAAUGGUUCAGUUGAGGCAAAGAAGCCAUUUCAAAGGGUAAACGUUGAUGAGGUUGUAUUUCGGGACGAGAGGCUGCAAGAUAAUUCGUACUGGGCUAAGGAUGGUGCUGAGACUGGCUAUGGUGCCAAGGCUCAAGAAAUUCUUGGACAAGUUAAGGGAAGGGGUUUUCGACAUGAAAAGACCAAGAAGAAGCGUGGCAGCUACAGAGGAGGUCAAAUUGAUAUGCAAUCCCAUUCAAUAAAGUUUGAUGCUUCUGAUGAUGAGUGAUUGGAGAAUCCCUUGCGCGAUACUCUCUCUUGUUUUCCCGUCUUUUGUUGUUGAUGAGGAUCUGAUAUGUUCAUGGAAACACUUUCUUUCUCUUUUGAUGGGUUGAGAUUAUUAUGCCACAAAUGAUGUGGGGGGUUUUUGUCUAAAUCUUUUGUAACUUAAGAAAUAGAUGGCUCCAUGAUGUGUAGUUUUUCUCUUAUUACGUUGUCUUGAUAAUCUCAAUUUUUUAUUUUGUUUU